AUGGAGAAUCAGACCGCAAUGGUAACUGAGUUUAUUUUGCUGGGAUUUCCCGUCAGCAGGGCGUUGGAGCUGCUGUUCCUGGUGCUCCUGCUGCCCACGUUCCUGCUGACUCUCCUGGGGAACCUGCUCAUCAUCUCCAUUGUGCUGUCCUACUCCCGCCUCCACACUCCCAUGUACUUCUUCCUGUGCAACCUCUCUAUCUUGGACAUCCUCUUCACCUCAGUCAUUUCUCCGAAAGUGUUGGCCAACUUAGGAUCUGGGGAUAAAACCAUCUCCUUUGCUGGGUGUAUCACCCAGUGUUAUUUCUACUUCUUCCUGGGCACGGUAGAGUUUCUGCUGCUGACAGUCAUGUCGUAUGAUCGCUAUACUGCCAUCUGCCACCCGCUGCAGUACCCCACCAUCAUGAGACCUUCUGUAUGCAUUGGGACUGUUGUGUUCUCUUGGGUGGGAGGCUUCCUAUCUGUGCUCUUUCCAACCAUCCUCAUUUCCCAGCUGCCCUUCUGUGGCUCCAACAUCAUUAACCACUUCUUCUGUGACAGUGGGCCCUUGCUGGCCCUGGCCUGUGCAGAGACCACUGCCAUUGAGCUGAUGGAUUUUAUGCUUUCAUCCACGGUUAUCCUCUGCUGCAUAGUUCUUGUGGCUUAUUCCUAUACGUACAUCAUCUUGACGAUAGUGCGUAUCCCUUCUGCAAGUGGAAGGAAGAAGGCCUUUAAUACCUGUGCUUCCCACCUGACCAUAGUCAUCAUUUCUAGUGGCAUCACUGUGUUUAUCUAUGUGACUCCCUCCCAGAAGGAGUAUCUGGAAAUCAACAAGAUCCCUUCAGUACUGAGCAGUGUGGUGACUCCAUUCCUUAACCCUUUUAUAUAUACUCUGAGGAAUGACACAGUGCUGGGGGUCCUCAGGGAUGUGUGGAUCAGGGUUCAAGGAGUUUUAGAAAAGAGGUUGAGGACAGUACCGAGGAGCAGACUGCCCUCCAACAAAGACCACUAAGGAGGGGCUUGUCCCUCUUCCUCUUCACCAUCAUGUAUCCAUUGUAUAAAGCCCCAGUAUUAG